CCGUCGGCGUAGUCACCGGCCGUCAACUUUCUCACACCACCAUCCGGUCCAUCCCCCCGUUGACACAACGCAUUCUCAUAUUUAUGCCCCUUCACAUACAAAAAGAUGGCUUUGCUACCUCUCUGCUCUCACAAAAUUUCCAUAUUCACGAGCAAAACAUAGUGAAUAAUUAGAGAGAUAGCCGUACGUGACGAAAGUCAAGAGGUGAUCAUCAUCAAGAUCGGAUGGCUUCGUCCAACGGUGGCGUGCCGCCGGGAUUCCGCUUCCACCCAACAGACGAGGAGUUGCUUCAUUACUACUUGAAGAAGAAGCUUUCGUUUCAAAAAUUUGACAUGGAAGUCAUCCGAGAGGUCGACUUGAACAAGAUUGAGCCAUGGGAGUUGCAAGAGAAGUGUAGGAUCGGGUCAACUCCGCAAAAUGAGUGGUACUUUUUCAGUCACAAGGACAGGAAGUAUCCCACAGGGUCGAGGACGAAUAGGGCAACCAAUGCGGGGUUUUGGAAGGCAACGGGUAGGGACAAGUGCAUCAGGAAUACCUACAAGAAGAUUGGUAUGAGGAAAACCCUUGUUUUCUACAGAGGCAGAGCUCCCCAUGGUCAAAAGACUGAUUGGAUCAUGCACGAGUAUCGGCUUGAAGAUGGCGACGAUUCUCAAGGAAGUGAAGAUGGAUGGGUGGUAUGCAGGGUGUUCAAGAAGAAAAACUUAUUCAAGGUACCAAACGAAGGAGGCAGCUCAUCAAGCAUGAACUCAUCUGAUCAACAACUCAAUACUAGCUCCACCAAUCCCAUCCAACCCCGCACCUUCAUGCACAGGGACACCCAAUAUCACAACCUCCUCCGCCACCAAAACAUCCACCAACACAACUUCGAAUUAGACAAGCCCACCGAGUUAGCCCUUCACCCCUACCCCCACAUCCCAACCCCUCAAUACACCCUCUUCCAAUCCCAACCCCUACUUCCCUCAGGCCACAAGCCCCUCAACUAUGACUACUCUGUGAUGCCCAACCCUAGAGACUGCGAGAGUGCGAGUGAGAAUCUUCGGUACCAAGCUUGCGAUCCGGGGUUGGAGGUUAAUACCUGUGAGGCAAAUCAACAAAUGGUUGGUGGGCGGUCCGAUGAGAGCAUGAACGAAUGGGCAAUGCUUGAUAGGCUUGUUACUCCACAUCUUGGGAACGAGGAUUCUUCGAAAGGAGGGGUGAGGUUUGAUCAGGAUGCCAAUGCUAAUUCGUCUGUGCACCCAAUGAACCAGCCUUCAUUAAGAGGGGAGAUGGAUUUUUGGAACUAUGGAAAAUAGUUUUUUUUUUUUUUUUAAAUUAAGUUUGUGGGUUUAGAGCUAAAUGGCUCUGACCUUGUUUAUCAAAGGGAGAAAAAAUUAUAUUCUUGAUAUGAUACAUUAUUUUUACGAACUUUGGUUCAUUCUAUUAAAGACUUGUUCAGCAC